UUUCCGCAAAAGUUUGUUGUGUGUUCGUGCGAUGGUGUGUUGAGCACGUCCGUUAAAUGUCUUCGUUCGAAAAGACGCGCACAACAAAAAAUUACGAAUUUUCACAGCAACGCUGUAUCGAAGAACAGUCGUCGAGAUUUUGCUAAAAAACGUGUGACUGAACCGAUAACGAUGAGAAGAAGAGUGGGACGAGUAUGUAAAAGUUAACGGUGUGUUUGUUUGACUGCAUCUACAGGUGGUAUCGGUGAGAUGCCGAUGCCGUGUUACGGUUUGUGGUGUUAAAAAUGAAGUGAAAAUAAGUGAAACAACAUGUAAAAAAGUCGUGGAAAUUGGCACGUCUUCACGGGAAUUUCGAACCGACCGAAACUGUUAAAAUGCGAGGUGUUGAAUGGGUGCAAGAAGGGACAACUCAGGUGACCAUGGAAGAAAAAGAAAGGAAAGGACGACACAUGUUGGGGAUUAAAGCUUAUUUAUUUAUUAUAUAUUUAGCUAGUAUUCCACACGACGCUUUAGCUGAAAAUUCAUUGCAAGCUCCAAGGUUCACGACAUCGUCAGCUAGCAGUAGUAUUAUUAGGUUAGGAACGACGAAAAUCUUGCAGUGCCAAGCGUUUGGUAAUCCCUCACCGCAGUUCAGGUGGCUGAAGGACGGGGUGCCAAUAACUGAAUUCUCAACAGAUGCUUAUUACAAAAUCUUCUCCGCUAGUCAGAAGGAUGAAGGCAGCUAUAGAUGUACAGCUUCGAACAAAAUCGGCUCAAUACUCAGUGAAGAAAUCAAGAUUCUCGUAGCGUAUAUGAAUGUUUUCGAAGAUCAGACUGAAAAAACCGUGUCCGUCGACGAAGGGCAAGCUGCAAUUUUAGAUCUUCCCGAAAUUGAAUCGAAACCGCCGCCCGAGGUCUCGUGGCACACCAACGACGGCCAGCUCCCCUACGCUCAAAAAUACGCCAAAUCCAAAUCCAACCAACUCAUCAUCCUCUCUACAGACCAAUCAGACCAAAAAGCGUACCGGGCACGUGCAAUAAAUACGCAAGAGGGCAAGGAAGAGAACAGCGCCUUCAUAAGACUGACCGUGGAGGAAUCCAAAGACCACAAGGAGAUCCAACCGCAGAUAAUCGUACCGCCUGAGGACGUUAAAAUCGUCAAGGGUACUUCCCAGGCCACGCUCGAUUGCAUAGCGAACGCCAGACCGUUACACGAACUAGAAACCCUUUGGUACAAAGACGACAUCCUGAUCGAAAAUGGCGGAAUGUAUUCGUUGAACGACAUCUGGAACAGGAGUCUGACGCUGAUUUCGGUGAAUACGACCCACAGCGGGAAGUACGAGUGUCGGGUACGACUUAGAUCGGACAGGUUGGACACGGUGGCGGCGGAGGCUCAAGUCAUCGUUUUGGAGAAGCCGAGGUUUGUGAGCGCGACUCGGGCGGAGACGCUGGGGGAGUACGGGAUGCCGAUUAGUUUGCCGUGCGAUGUGGUGGGGAUACCAAAACCGAACGUCACGUGGUACAAGAACAGCCAAGCGGUUAACCUAACCGAUCGAAGGUACGUCCUCGAGGAAGACAAUUCGCUGCUUAUUAAAAAACUGCUAAUAAACGACAACGGGAUGUUCCAAUGUUUCGCCAACAGCGAGGCCGGCGAAAGCUCCAUCUCCACGUGGCUGCGAGUGAAGACCGCCGUGCCCAUCAUGGAGGUCGGCCCGCAGAACGUCACGGUCCUGGACGGCAAGGACGCAACGCUGUCGUGUAGAGCGGCGGGAGCGCCCACACCCAACGUCACCUGGAUCUACAAAGGCGAACAAGAAAUUGAAACUUCGAGCAGGGUCCAAAUUCUCGACACGGGAGAUUUGCUAAUAGCGGCGGUUAAAGAAGCGGAUGUUGGAAUGUACACUUGUAUAAGAGCCAACGAAGCUGGAGAAGUGCGAGGCUCGGCAUACUUGGGAGUCUUGGUUCGGACCCAAAUAAUACAGCCCCCGGUUGAUACUCGGGUCUUGCUGGGCCACACGGCGACUCUACAGUGUAAAAUAUCUUCAGACCCGGCGGUCAAGUUCGACUUACAUUGGUACAAAAACAAGCAAUUGAUGAACCCCAAGUCCAGCCAGAGAAUAAGCAUCUUGAAAGACGGAACUUUGGAAAUCCAGGCGGUGAGGGCCGCGGAUGUUGGGUUUUACACAUGCUCAAUUAAAUCACCUGGUGGUAACGAAACGAGAUCGGCUAAAUUGAGCGUUAUCGAACUACCAUACGCCCCGACUAAUGUUAAAGCUGAAAGGUUAGAUAUUGCGUCACAGAGGGCCGUCAAUGUUAGUUGGAUACCUGGAUUUGAUGGAAACAGCCCUAUAAAACAAUUUAUUAUACAGAAACGAGAGGUGCCCGAACUUGUUCCUCCGAUUUUAGGCCCAAUUCCAGAUCCCUUGCUCAACUGGGUGACGGAGUUGAGUAACGUUUCGGCAGAUCAAAGAUGGGUUUUGUUAACAAAUUUAAAAGCAGCCGCUGCGUAUCAGUUCCGUGUGAGCGCAGUCAAUAGUGUGGGAGAAGGAAGUCCGUCCGAGCCCAGCAAUCAAGUCAUGCUGCCGCAAGAAGCGCCCUCGGGACCCCCGGUCGGUUUCGUCGGCUCGGCUCGCAGCUCCUCCGAAAUCAUAACCCAAUGGCAGCCCCCACUCGAAGAACACCGCAACGGACAAAUCCUCGGCUACAUAAUCAGAUACCGUCUGUUCGGCUACAACGACAGUCCUUGGACGGUCCAAAACAUAACGAACGAAGCGCAAAGAAACUACCUAAUCCAAGACUUGAUCACUUGGAAAGAUUACAUGGUCCAAAUAGCAGCCUACAACAACAAAGGCGUGGGCGUGUUCACCGAAGGCGCCAAAAUCAAAACCAAGGAAGGAGUACCCGAAGCCCCCCCGAUCAUCCAGAAGGUAAAAGCCGUGAACUCCACCGCGAUCCAGAUCAGGUGGAUCCCGCCAGACCCGCAGAAAAUCAACGGGAUCAACCAGGGGUAUAAAAUCCAGGCGUGGCAAAGCAACAAGAACGGGGAGUUUGUGGAGGCCAAAGUGAAGACGGUGCACCCCAACUUGCUGAACCCUAACGCGGAACAGAGUGCCGUCAUGGGGGGGUUGGAGAAGUUCGCUGACUACAACGUGUCGGUUUUGUGCUUCACGGACCCCGGGGACGGCGAAAUCAGCGACUUCGUGCACGUCAAAACAAAGGAAGAUGUUCCUGAUGAAGUUAGUAGUCUUCAGUUUGAUGACAUUAGUGACCGAGCGGUGAAAGUGUUGUGGCAGCCACCGAAACACAUCAACGGGAUCCUGAUUGGGUAUCAAAUCCAGUACCAAAUCAAAGACAAGCCCGCCACUGUUAAAGUGAAGAACUUAACUGCUGAAACUCUUAGUUUGAAAGUGACGGAUUUGCAAGCCACUACUCACUAUAAGUUUGAAGUGACGGCGUGGACCGCCGUGGGUGCGGGACCCCCAAAAGUGGCCAUUAUCCAGUCGGGAGUGGAACCAGUGCUGCCGCACCCCCCUUCCAAGCUAGCUCUCUCCAACAUUGAAGCCUUCUCCGUAGUACUUCAAUUCACUCCAGGCUUCGACGGGAACUCAUCAAUUACCAAGUGGACCGUGGAAGCCCAAACCGCUCGAAAUGCUUCAUGGUUUGUGGUUUUCGAAAUCACGGAUCCUGACGCAACCACGAUUACAGUAACGGGGUUGGUUCCUUUUACUCUAUACAAGCUGAGGUUGAUUGCUAAUAAUGUAGUCGGGGCUUCUGAACCAUCGGAAGCGUCUAAGGAGUUUCAAACGAUUCAAGCGCCACCUGCACAUCCACCUAAGAACGUAACUGUGAGAGCGAUGAGUGCUACCGAACUACGAGUGAGAUGGAUUCCUCUGCAACAAGUCGAAUGGUUCGGGAAUCCCAGGGGGUACACGAUCAGUUACGUAGAAGCCCGAACCGGAGAGAGUCAUACAGCGACAAUUGAUGAUCAUACAGCCAACUCUCAUAUUAUAGUCGGGGUGGAAGAGUUCGCCCAGUAUGAAGUGUCCAUGCAAGCGUGCAACGACGUAGGGUGUUCUUUGGCCGGGCCGAUUGCUUUGGAAAGAACACGAGAAUCAGUGCCAUCACUUGGACCAUUAAACGUCCAAGCCAAUGCAACCUCUUCAACAACGAUCGUCGUAACAUGGGGCGAUGUUCCCAAAGAACACCAAAACGGCUUAAUCGAAGGCUACAAAGUGUAUUACGCCGCCGAGUCGAAAUCCCCCGUACAGUACAAACUCAUCGCCAGUAAUUCCACUUUUACAACCACUCUCACCGAAUUGAGGAAAUUCGUGCUUUAUCGCGUCCAGGUGCUGGCGUACACGAGGCUGGGGGACGGCGAGCCGAGCGCGCCCGUGGUCAGCGUGCGCACCUUCGAAGACGUACCCGGACCUCCAUCCAACGUUUCGUUUCCCGACGUGUCCGUCACCAGCGCUCGGGUCAUCUGGGACGUGCCCGAGGAGCCCAACGGCGAGAUUCUCGCCUACAGAGUGACCUACCACAUCAACAACGCCAAUGUUAAUAACAAAUCGUACAAGGAAUUUCCUCCGUCCGACCGAACCUUCAGGUUUACUCAGCUGGAGUCGGAGAAAUAUUACAUGUUUUCUGUGACUGCACAGACCAGGCUGGGAUGGGGCAAAACGGCUCACGCUUUGGUUUUUACGACGAAUAAUCGUGAUACGCCGCAGUCGCCGUCUAUGCCGCAGAUUAGUCGCAGUCAGGUACAAAGUAAGCAGAUCACUUUCAGCUGGACGCCGGGCAGAGAUGGAUUCGCGCCGUUGAGAUACUACACCGUGCAAAAAAUGGAGAAUAACGGACCCUGGCAAUCCCUCCCCGAACGGGUGGACCCUCAGCUCACCUCGUACACGGUUUCCAAUUUAAAACCCUUCACAUCGUACCGCUUUAGAAUUCGAGCCACCAACGACAUAGGACCUAGCCCUUUCAGCCCGGAAUCGAACGAGGUCCGAACCUAUCCAGCCGCACCGAGUAAAGGCGUCACGAAUUUGAAAGUCGUGCCGAUCACCACCACUAGUGUAGAGGUCUACUGGGAUCCCGUGGAGGAGCAGUAUUGGAGCGGCGAUGUCAAAACGGGGGGUUAUCGAGUCACUUACCAGUUGUCCGAUUAUUCGGAAUAUCCGACUGCGCUGCAGGCGAUUCCUAAGGAGGAGAUAUUCGGGGUUAAAGCGAAGAAGAUGGUUUUGAGCGAGCUGCUGCAGGAUAAGAAUUAUGAGAUCGUGGUGGUGCCGUUUAAUUCGCAAGGGGAGGGGCCGGCGACGCCGCCGGUUACGGUGUACGUGGGGGAGGCCGUGCCGACGGGGAAACCCAGAGAGUUGGAAGGGAAGGCGGUUUCGUCGACGGAGGUCAGGUUGGAGUGGAAACCGCCGCAGCAUCAUGAGCAAAAUGGGGAGUUGUUGGGAUAUAAGAUAUUCUACUUAGUCACCGACUCCCCCCAAGACUUCGACGCAGGCCACAAAUUCGAAGAAGAAAUCGAAGUAAUAGCAGCCACUAUGACCUCACACAGCCUAGUUUUCCUCGACAAAUACACAGAAUACAGAAUCCAAAUUUUGGCAUUUAACCCCGCCGGUGACGGACCGCGCUCGCAACCCAUCACGGUUAAAACUCUCCCGGGAUUACCAGGCCCACCCGUCAACCUACGUUUUUCAGACAUUACCAUGAACAGUCUACUAGUGUCAUGGGACCCUCCUAAAAAGCGCAACGGCGACAUUGUGGGGUACCUCGUAACGUACGAAACAACAGAAGAAAAUGAACGCUUCAGCAAACAAGUCAAGCAAAAGGUGACAGCAACCGAGCUCCAGUUGCAGUCUUUGGAGGAAGAAAUCACGUACACGUUUACCGUGAGGGCGCAAACUAUAGACUACGGGCCUUCUAUUUCCAGCAACGUGACAACGGGACCGCAGGAGGGUUCUCCUAGUACUCCAAAGGAGCUGAGUCUUACUAAAACGCUGUCUAGUGUGGAGCUGAAUUGGAUUAAUGGAUUGACGGGGAAGGGUCCCAUUCUUGGGUACUAUAUCGAGUCCCGUAAAAAAGACGAUAUAAGAUGGCAAACUGUCACAAAGUCCACGAACGGACCACUACAAGAAUUCACCGUUUCGUACCAAAGUUUGCUACCAUCAACUCACUACUUCUUCAGAGUGAUACCAUACAACAAGUUUGGCAUUAGCUGUCCUGCCACCACUGAUGAGUCAGUAUUGACGCCUUCCAAACUAUAUCUAGAGUAUGGUUACCUUCAACACGAACCCUUCUAUAGACAAACGUGGUUCAUGGUGGCGUUAGCAGCGACCUCUAUCAUCAUCAUUAUCAUGAUAAUCGCAAUUCUGUGUGUGAAAAGCAAAAGUUAUAAGUAUAAACAAGAGGGCGCUCAGAAUAGCAUGGGCGAACUCAUGGCGAUGUCGCGCGAAGACCAACAAGACAUGUCCAUAGAUUACUACCGCUCACGCAACGGCAACAGCAACGUAAGCUCGACGCUAUCAAAACGCAGUACGUUGUCGAGGAAAGCGGUACACCAACAACCGCCACCCAUCAUGGGCAAAUCGCCGCCAAGACCAUCACCGGCGUCAGUCCCUUACAACUCGGAUGAGGAAAGUCUCAAAGGUUACGACGAAAACCCGGACGAUAGCAGCGUCACUGAGAAACCCUCAGAGAUGAGCUCAUCUGAGUCACAAGGUUCUGAAAGCGAAAACGACAGCGUUCUUUCAAAUUCGCACUCCUUCGUCAACCACUACGCCAACGUCAAUGAACCGCUGCGGCCGUCCUGGAAGAGGCAGAAACCAGUGAGAAAUUUCUCGAGCCACACCGACUCGGAACCCGAGGGUUCGGCGAGUUUGAACGGAGGGCAAAUCAUAAUUAACAAUAUGGCGAGGUCCAGGGCGCCGCUUCCGGGCUUUUCGUCAUUCGUUUAACCGCGAUUCGGGAAAAUUUGAUAAUGUUCACUUGGUUUAUUUAAGUUUUCAGACGAAACGAGUGUGAUUUAGUUGAUUAUCAAAUUUUCACUAACCUAAAACAAGACUUGAGAUUCCUACGUUUUUUAGGAUUAUUUUUGUGUAAAUACGAGUUCAAUUUAAAGUCUAUUAAGGUGAUUUAAUUUUAGAGUCAGACUAUUUGUAUAUACUAAAAAGUAGGGAAUUUUUACUGUAGAUAGCAUUUCAGACAUCUAUCUAUCCACAUUACCAUUCCUAUUUAUAUUUUUAUAUCUUGAUAUCUAUUUAUUAGCGGUUUUCCCUUUUAGGAGUCUGUUUGGAACAAAGCUCAAAACCUGGAUUUUCAUUUCGACACGGUUUUCGUUAUGCUUUUGAUGUUAUUGUCAUUAAAACCAGCUUUUCAAUGUUGGAAUUAACGUAACUAUUAUGUUCUGAUAAUUCACUCGCGUGAGUGAUCUCAGUGUUAUUUUAUUUGUGAAAGACUUUCUAUCCUGAGAGCGUUAUCAAUGUACUGAUAGUAUUUACACUGCCUGAGUUUAUGUAAUUUAUUAAUAAGUGUAACAAAAUUUUAAUAAAUCUGUGAUCCUCUAAUUUAAA